CCGCGGAGACCCCCGUCUAGAUUUAAAGCGCGGCUGCGCCCGGCUUCUGACGUCCAUUGAAUCGCGCGGGCGGCCGGCGGCGAGCGCGGGGCUGCGCCGGGAUCGCUGCGCCCUCAGCCGCUCGCCUCUGCGACGCGCGCCGCUCGCCAGAGCCACCCGCCGCCGCGCCCGCUCCCCGCGCCGCCGCGCUCCUCGCCCCGCGCCUGCCCCCAGGAUGGUCCGUCCCAGGCACCAGCCCGGCGGGCUUUGCCUCCUGCUGCUGCUGCUCUGCCAGUUCAUGGAGGACCGCAGCGCCCAGGCUGGGAAUUGCUGGCUCCGCCAAGCGAAGAACGGCCGCUGCCAGGUCCUGUACAAGACAGAACUGAGCAAGGAGGAGUGCUGCAGCACCGGCCGCCUGAGCACCUCGUGGACCGAGGAGGACGUCAAUGAUAACACGCUCUUCAAGUGGAUGAUUUUCAACGGGGGCGCCCCCAACUGCAUCCCCUGUAAAGAAACGUGCGACAACGUGGACUGUGGACCCGGGAAAAAAUGCCGAAUGAACAAGAAGAAUAAGCCCCGCUGCGUCUGUGCCCCAGAUUGUUCCAAUAUCACCUGGAAAGGCCCAGUCUGUGGGCUGGACGGGAAAACCUACCGCAACGAAUGUGCGCUCCUCAAGGCCAGAUGUAAAGAGCAGCCAGAACUGGAGGUCCAGUACCAGGGCAAAUGUAAAAAGACCUGCCGGGAUGUUAACUGUCCAGGCAGCUCCACGUGCGUGGUGGACCAGACAAAUAAUGCCUACUGUGUGACAUGUAACCGGAUUUGCCCAGAGCCCACCUCCUCUGAACAGUAUCUCUGUGGGAAUGAUGGAGUGACCUACUCCAGUGCCUGUCACCUGAGAAAGGCUACCUGCCUGCUGGGCAGAUCGAUUGGAUUAGCCUAUGAGGGAAAGUGUAUCAAAGCAAAGUCCUGUGAAGAUAUCCAGUGCACUGGUGGAAAAAAAUGUUUAUGGGAUUUCAAGGUUGGCAGAGGCCGGUGUUCCCUCUGUGAUGAGCUGUGCCCUGACAGUAAGUCUGAGGAGCCUGUCUGUGCCAGUGACAAUGCCACUUACGCCAGCGAGUGUGCCAUGAAGGAAGCUGCCUGCUCCUCAGGUGUGCUGCUGGAAGUAAAGCAUUCCGGAUCUUGCAACUGAAUCUGCCCGUAAAACCUGAGCCAUUGAUUCUUCAGAACUUUCUGCAGUUUUUGACUUCAUAGAUUAUGUUUUUUUAAAAAAAUUUUUUUAAACUUAUCGCAUAACAGCAGAUGCCCAAAAAAGAGCAUCUCACUGCAAGUCACAUAAAAAUGCAACGCUGUAAUAUGGCUGUAUCAGAGGGCUUUGAAAACAUACACUGAGCUGCUUCUGCGCUGUUGUGGUCCAUAUUUAAACAACAGCUCCCCUGUAUUCCC